AGCAUUUUAAAGAAUGGCCAAGUCAACCUGGCUCGGAGCUUCCCCUUCUGUUUAAUCCAUUACUCUUGAAAAGUUCAGCACGCCACACUUGGCUGGAAAAAGGCUAAUGACUGGGCAGAACCUUUGCUUUCUGCUCCCCUGGCUGGCACGUUCCGGAAGACACACCAACCGUAUGAAUGGCUGCAAUCUUCUUGCUGAGAUUUUGAUGGAGGCCAAAUACUCAAUUCCAAAGACACCUAGGAAAUGAGAUCAGUCUCACCUUUAAAUAAGAAUGAGCAUCAACUGGAAGACAUUGGAAGUAUUUGGAGAGGCCGUGGAAUCCCAAGAAAGUGACCGUGAUAUUGAACUUCAGGUGGGAGUGAUGAGAGCCAGGCUCCCUGGAAGGCACCUGCGCAGGCAGCUUUCCUGUUCCAGGUUCUCCCCGCUGGCCUCGCCACCCCGAAGCGCCAUCCAGUGUGGUCCCCAGGCCCCACAGGGCUUCUGUCACUGCGUAUUCUCUGCCCCGUGCUAGGCUCUGCAAUAACCCCAAAAUGAACGUCAAUAUCCUUGGCCUUAAACUUGCUCAGAAAUGGGGAAGGAGGGGAAUAAGAGAAGGGAAGUGGGCCUGCUCAGACCCAGUAAACUCAAUUACAGAAUGAUGUGGCCCCGAGUCAGGGGAGACGUGUGUGCCGCGGGGCCAGGAAGAGCAUGAUUCACAUCAUUCUCAUGUGAAGGAAGGACGGGGAUGUGAACACAGGGGAAAACAAAGAGAUAGAAUCACAGCUUCAAAGAGCUACCCUCUAAUUAAGGAGACGCAUCUUCUCCCUGGGCCUCUGAAUGGUUGCUCCAAGAUCGCUCAAACCACUAACUCAAUUUACUUUGCUCGGAGGGCUCCCGGGUGUGUCCAUUGUUCCUUUGGGUUGGGGUUCUUCGUGCCACUUAGGAUGGGGUAUACAAGCGCCGUGGAAACCUGCCAGUGCAGUGGGGGCUGCCUGGAUGCCGGGAGCUGCCAGAACACUACACAGACUCCACGUGUAGUGUAAAAGAAAAACUUGGCGCCCACAAAACCCCACGUGUUCAGCCUGGAGUGACCUCGGGGGGCCAUCUGUGGGCUCCCCCUGGAGAUCCAAGGAAAGCUGGAUGCUGGCAGGGAAUGGCUAUGGCUGUGCCCCUGGAAGUUUCUGUCUUGGUCCUACAAUAUGACUAGGAUGGCUUUUGUGUCGACAGGAUAUGUGGGCACAUGGCAGGUGCUCGUGUAUACAAGGGUCACUACACACGGCUGCGCACAUGCUCAGUGCCUUGCUCCCUGGGCUGAACGGGCUCCUCUAAGUUCAACGCCAGCCCCACAACCACGGUGAGGCGCUCUGCUUAGGAGGCAGGUUGCAGACACUCACCAAAUCCUAGAAUUUCGUUGUUGGCAAGAAACCUGGAAAACUGAGUCCUGACAUCUCUUAUAUACGAGGAAUCAAAAACCCAGAGACAUGAAAGGACUUGCCCAAGACCAUAAUACUGAUUCCAGGGUGACUGACCCCGUUCCUCCUUCACAAAGCUGCACAACCCCAUUUCUGAACAUCUGUAAGAGUUUUCAUGGUCUUUUUUUGCCAAAGGGAAUUGGAGCAAAUGUCCAUCUCAGAUGCCCAGACUCUGCCAUGUUACAGCUGCUGUUUGAUUGUUAAGGGUGUUGAAAGGAAAUUAAAUGAACAUGAAUUGUGUCUCUUAUUUCAGAGACAACCAGGUGGCAGUCAAGUAAAUGAAAUAAUGUACGUAUAAGUAUAGGACACGACCCAACCGUAUAGUAAGCAUUCCACGAUUCCGUUCAUUCAUUCAGGACUCACAUACUGAGUGCCUACUGUAUGCAGGUGUUGCACCAGACGCUGGAGAUUAAUAGAGAGCAAGCUUAUGUUCCAGAUGGGGCGAUUGAAAAAAAUUAAUUCAUAAAUAAAGUAAUUAUUAUAGAUUGUGAUAGGUGCUUAUCAGGACAUAAAUGGGAGCAAAGAUAGAAAAUGCCCGGGGGUACCUACUUAAAGAGGGUGGCCAAGGAAGGACUUGGUUGAAAAGUGACACCUAAGUCCUGAGCUGGGGAAGAAGAAAGAGCCAGAUCUUCAAAGAACAAGGGGGAGAGCAGGUCAGGCAGGUGGAAUCACAGGUACUGAAGCCUUAAGGUGGAAGGGACUUCAGCUUGACUAAUGGACAGAAAAGAGACUGAAGAACACUGUGUUAGGAACUUGCAGAAGAGUGUGGGGCCUUGUAGGCCACAGUAGGAAUCUGCCUGUUCUUUUGAGAUCAGCAAGAAAGGAGCCAUUCAAGAGAUUUUGAGUGACGGCUCUGUCUGCUUUGUGGAGAAGGGAAGGAAGGAUGCAGACAUGUCAGUAGGCAAGAGAGGAAGGGACAUGGACCAGGGUGGAGAGGAGUCGAUGGCUAACAGAUGCAAGAUACAGUUCUGACGCAGAGCCAGCAGGAUGUGAUGAUGAAUCGGGACUUCAGAGUCCCAGACAACUUCCAGUUUUAGCGGGGGCAGGACGUACAUGUCAGUGGAUCUAUAUUGGACGUAUGGCAUUUGAGAUAUUUGUGGAUGUCUAAGUGAAGAUGAUGAGCAGCGAAGUGAUCAAAUGGACCAAGGAAUUGAGACUGGGACGUCAUGACCAAAGUGGUAGGAGGAAAACCAAGGGUUGUGUCACAGAAACCAAGGGAGGAGACUGCCUUCAGGAAAGAGCCCUCCCUUUGAAUGCUGUUGUCAGAGCAAAGAAGCUGAGGAUAGAGAGGUGUCCGUGGGCAGCAUGGCCAUGGCUGGUGUCCUUGAUGAGAGCGGUUUCAGAGGCAUUAUGGGACGAGAUGUCAGCCUCUCCUGGGUAAAGGAGCACAUGGGAAGUGAGGAAGUAAAAAUAGAAUCUAAAGGAAAGUCUUAGGAAAGUUCUGCUAUGAAGGGGAAACAUAUGGACAUGGGAUUGAAGGAGGGGGUUUUGGUUCAUUUGUUUUAAGAUCAGAGAUACCAGGGCAUCAUUGAUGCUGAUGAAACUGAGCCAGUAGAAAGGGAGAAAUUAAUGAUGCCAGAUAGAGAGAGGAGGACUGGGGAGUAAAUUCCUCAAGAAGGCAAGAUCGUGAGUGUGGGAAUUGGCCUUUGAUAGAAGCAGGGAUGAUCAUUCCAUGUAACAGCUGGGAUGAGGGAGAAGGUGAGCGAUGCCGCUGGGAGUGCAGACCUAGUGGCGGGAACGUGAGCAUUACCAUCCAAUGGGUGACUCCUGUUCCUUCAAUGAAUAUGCAGUGAGGAAGAGUAGGAAAUUUGGAGACAGAAGGUACUAAGCAGCCAUCUUGGAUACUGGAGAAGGAGAGGUUCUGAGGAAAGGGCAGUGGACUUUGGAACAGUCCUGAGUGCUCCCUUGAGGUCUGAGAACAUGAAUCCAAAAUGGACCGAGGUUUUCAAGUUGGGCUAUUUUUCCCAUCACCCAUCUACUUGCCCACUAACCUAGAGAAGUUGAAUAACUGGGUUCAACCAGAACUGAAGUUUUGCUGGGGAAUAGAUCAGAGGGAGAGAAGGGGGCAAGGAGAGUUGAGGGCAGUUGCAAAAGAAUGGUUACAAUGAAAGAACAUGUGUUGUAUAAGCACAAGUAAGAGAAAGCUGAAGGAUGGUGAGAAAAUGGUAGUGGAAUGAGGAUCUCAUUGAGUUUGAAGACCGGGGAAAUGAGCUGAUAGAGCCUCUGAUGUCUUCUUAACCAUAUCAGCUCAGAAGGGACACACAUCGCUUCCACCCGCAUCAAUCAUACUUGAGGCAAGGUGGCUGGGAAAUUCAUUCCCUGGGGGUUGGGGCAGGGGGCUGCCUCUACUUUGGAGCAGGAGUGCCUAUGUUUGGUGGACAAUUGGCCCUCUCUGCCUUAUUGCUCACGGUGGCUCGUGCUUUCAGGACUUUGUAUGUAUACUUCUGGGUACCAUACCUGGGCCUGGACUGUCAUCUGUUUGCCUUCUUCCUGCCUCACCUCUCGGUUCUCUCAUCACAUGACCAAUAACUGACCAUUACCUGCCAUGCAGCCCAUCACUUCUCAGAAAACAAGGCCUGAGUCAAGAAAAAACCUAGUCCUUCCCCAGUGCCAAAACCCAGGGAAGAAAUUAAGCAUGCCCAGAAUUUGAAGCCAUAUUAUCACCUGUAAGCAUCUAUUUGCACCAUGAAUAUUUAUCUGGAUACUAAUCAGCAAAACACAGUUUGGGUAGGACUUGUUAUAACCCAUUUGAUAGGGAGUACAAGACUUAGAAAUUCACAGUAUUUCUGCAAUUAGAGUAGCAGGUGCAGUUUCCCUGAAUUAGUCAGGUGUUUGAAGGAAAGAUGGACUUAUUUCCUCAAUUAUCCAGAUAAUAGGUUUGCUUUAGUGGAAUGGAGGUCAAGGUGUUUGCAGAAGGGAAUGUUUAUCUGUUACCACAGCUGCAGUGGAGGUAGUGCUCAUCCCACACAGGUCAGGAAGAGAGAUACCCCCUUAGCCAGUUUAAAAAGGUAACACUUAUGAACAAGCGCAAACAGGGUGCUUUUCUCUUUUCCUUCACUCACGGACAGGGGAGGUAAACUCAGGCAGAGAGAAAAUUGACCUCAGUCUUGGACUAAAUGCAAAGAUCUGCUCGCCCUUUCAAAGGUUGAAAAGUCUACGUGAGCAGAUGAUUCAGAACAGCUCACCUCUGACUGGUUUGCAAGUGACAGUCCCUCAGCACAUCUCACUGAGGUGUCAAGCUCAAGUACAGAGGCUCUGUUUUCCACUACCAUGCAAAACCAGCCUUAGCUGAUGAAAAGAGUGUGGUUAAUUAUUUGGACGUUACAUAUCUUUAAGUUCUACAAAUUAUGUGGCAAGACAGUUCUUCAAUUUCUUUUACUCACAGCAAAAAAUGGGUGAAAAGAAUUUAACUACAACUAAUUAUGCUUCAUAUAAAAAACAUAAUAGAAAGGUUAGCAUGGAGGUUUAUCUCACAGUUCACAGGCACGAUAUUUUCUAAAUACGUCUAUAAUUCAAACAUAAAUGAAGAGAUAAUGAGAUUUCUUAAAAAUCCCUUGGCCAAGUUUUUUUUAACUAUCAUUCAACUAUUUUGGUGCCACUCAUGCAUUUCUGGAAUGAGUCAUUUUUUAUUGAAAGGAUGUGUCCCCCUUUCCCAGGCCUCCCAAAACAAAUACCAGUGUAAAAUCAAAAGAGUGUAAGAUGUGUACAAAGGAAAGGUGUGCUUCACCUACGUGUCAGCUUCAGAAGCAUCUGCCUUGCCUGGUGUGUAUGGCAUUAAUUUCCUGACGCUUUUCUAUUGAAUGCCCCUCUGAGUCGCUUGAAAUUGAAAAUCAAGUCAUGUUUCUUUAAUCAGCCCUAGGAAACAGUGAAAGAAAGGGGUGGUGGAGAGGUUUCUUUUUAUGAAAAGUUUCUAAAAUCAACAAAGUCUAGAAGAAAGAGUGUGUACAACUUUGGCCCAUGAGUCUGGGAUUUUAAUCUCAGAGAGCAUCUGUUCCUCAACAUCCAGGUCAGUUAAGUAUCUUCCUCCCUGUAUUGGUUGUCUCUUGUUCCAAUAUUUAGCAGCUUAAAAAACAGACACUUAGAAUUUCUGUGGAUUGGGGCACAGCUUAGCUGGUCACCCCCAGUCCAGGGCCUCUCCCAGGCUGAUCCAGUGUAUCAGCUGGGGCUGCAGUCAUGUCCAGGUGUGGCUGGUGGAAGACUGGCUUCCGAGCUCACUCGUUGGGUGAGGACUCCGUUUUCUCCAUUUUCUUGAGGGCUGUUAGCCAGAGGGUACCCUCAGCUCCUUGCCAUGUGGGCCUCUCCAUGGGGCAGCCCAACUAUGGCAGCUGGCUUCAUCAGAGCCAGAGAGUACUAGCAAGAUGAAAUCCAUGGAUUUCUGCUGCCUAAUCUCAGUGACCUCCAAUCACUUUUGCCUCGUUCUGUUUGUUAGAAGCAAGUCACUUGCUCCAUCCCACACUCAAAGGGAGUGAACUGCACAAAGGUGUGAAUUCCAGGAGAUGGAAUCAUACUCCCCUCCAAACAGACAUCGGUCCCUACCCAUUUCUGUUGUCCCGAUAGUGACAAUUCCCCUUCGCUCUCUGGCGUGGCGACCUGUGUCUUUACUUUCUCAGAUCUCCUCUUCAAUUCCAGUGUCUCUCUUCUCAUACUCAUCAAAAUAUAAUAAAUACUCAGCUUCAUCUUCUUAAAAGUUGUUGCCCUUCCUGCUUAAGAAGUCCAGUGGUUUCCCCCACCCCAUUUCUUGCCAGAAAACAUGUAUUGAGGAGCUGCGUAUCUGGAAUUAAUCAACUUUUCUUGCCCUUUGCUUUAUAGGCUGUAUUUGCAGCCAAAUUAGACUCUUACUAGACUUUGUGCCCUCCCCAUGCUCUGUUGCCUCUCUGCUCAAGCUACAACUAACUUCUCCCUCUUUCCAGCUGCAAAAAUUCUGGACAAGCCACAGAAACUUUCCUGUGAACUGUCGACGUAGAAAUGGCUCAUUUCUGAACACUUACAGCAUUGUACAUCCAUGAAGCGAGGGUUCCAUUCCUCCUUAUAUACAGUUAUCUAUCUAUCUAUCUAAAUCUAUACAAUGCAAUCAUAGAUAUAUGUGUAUAUAUAGUUGUAUAUAUACAUAUAUAUGUAUAUACAUACAUAUAUACAUAUGUAUAUAUACAUAUAUAUGUGUAUAUAUAAAAGAUACAAAACAUCCCUACUCCCCACUCUGCCUUCCAAAAUGGAGUAAGGCAACAGGAUGGUAACUUACUUCUCUUUCAUACCCCGCGGCAUAUACUGUAGCCCCUGGCAUAUAGCACCUCUUUGGUAAAAUCAGAUAUGUCACUUAGUGGUGUGCUUUCCAAAAUGCCUUCCCCACAUUUGGGGAGUGGAUAUUGGUAUUUUCAUUUUAUACAUGAAGAAACUGAGACCUGGAAGGUUUACCUAUUUGCUAACAGCAGACAGGGGCAGAGCCCUGAUUAAAUUCCCGAGUUCCAAGGUAUCGCCCAAUCUCCCAGUGACCUGGCCUAUAAGCAGGAAGUGACUGGUUUGGGCUUCUCUGUUCAUAUUUGUUUUUUCUUCUAAAUGUAAAACCACCUAGCUUGGCCUGAUUUUUUAAUGGAACGAUUCAGUCACUCAGCAACCCCUGCACUGUAAUGAAUAUGCUGCUUUUUGAUCUUUUCACCAUUCCAGGGCAAAGGAUGGAGUAGAACAGAGAUUUUUUUUCAAUAAAUAAAUAAAAGACCAUCAGGGCAGGAGGAGGGCCUGGAUCUGCAAUUCUUGUUCUUCUGUGAAUUAACCAUUUCAGCUUACCCAAAAAAGCAAUGUCAGGAAACAUCAUGUUUUAAAAUGUCAUUUUGUAUGUCUCUUGCUGUCCACUGAUUCACUUCUGACCAUGAGAUGAAGUAAGGUGUCAUGCAGCUCGUAGCCUGCACAGGUCAGGAACGUUCUAGUGACUUAGGAUCCCUUUGCCAGAUGCCUUGGCAGGAACCACAGGCAUUUUUGUCAGGAACGUGCUGUGUGUGUGUGUGUGUGUCUGUCUGUCUGUCUGUUGGUGUGUGUGUGUCUGUAUGUGUCGAUGUGUGUGUGUGUGUGUGUGUGUGUGUGUGUGUGCAUGUGCAUGCAUGUUCACAGGAGGAAGAAUAAUUUAAAAGGGGGACUAAUGCAUGAGGGAUAAUUAUUUCCUUUUUUUUUUUUUUUUUUUGCGGUACACGGGCCUCUCACUGUUGUGGCCUCUCCCGUUGUGGAGCACAGGCUCCGGAUGCGCAGGCUCAGCGGCCAUGGCUCACAGGCCCAGCCGCUCCGCGGCAUGUGGGAUCUUCCCGGACCGGGGCAUGAACCCAUGUCCCCUGCAUCGACAGGCGGACUCCCAACCACUGCGCCACCAGGGAAGCCCAGGGAUAAUUAUUUCUUAAACCCCACUGUCCAGACUCUGUGGGCAACAUUCUGAAUUCAAAAUGACUUUCAGUCAAGUCAUCUUUGCACCUGGGAACUGUGAAAAGGAUUGAAAGCUUCUAGAGGAAAUGAAACUUGACCACGACAGGAAGUGACUUACAGCCCCAGAGGCUCAGAUAAUAACCUCAACAUGGAAAGUGCCUCGACAUCGGAAACCAGCUCUCCUCUCUCCAAAGAAACACCAGGGGAGCAUUCGGACCACCAGUCUGCACACCAACCAUUCCCCAGACAGCAAUUCCAGCAAGAGGCUGGGCCCCCUUCAUUGCAAAGAGAUGGCCCCAGAUCCUUUCUCCUUGAUCUACCAAACUUUCCAGAUCUUUCCAAAGCUGAUAUCAAUGGGCAGAAUCCAAAUAUCCAGGUCACCAUAGAGGUGGUGGACGGUCCUGACUCUGAAGCAGAUAAAGAUCAGCAUCCGGAGAAUAAGCCCAGCUGGUCAGUCCCAUCCCCCGACUGGCGGGCCUGGUGGCAGAGGUCCUUGUCCUUGGCAAGGGCCAACGGCGGGGACCAGGACUACAAGUACGACAGUACCUCAGACGACAGCAACUUCCUCAACCCCCCUGGGGGGUGGGACCGUCCGGCCCCAGGCCACCGGACUUUUGAAUCCAAAGAACAGCCAGAAUAUGAUUCCACAGACGGUGAGGGAGACUGGAGUCUCUGGUCUGUUUGCAGUGUCACCUGUGGGAACGGCAACCAGAAACGGACCAGGUCUUGUGGCUAUGCGUGCACUGCAACCGAAUCUAGGACGUGUGACCGUCCAAACUGCCCAGGGAAAAUGAGCUCCUGUCUGUGUUUAGGUAUCGAAGACACCUUCAGGACAGCUGCCACCGAAGUGAGUCUGCUUGCGGGAAGUGAAGAGUUUAAUGCCACCAAACUGUUCGAAGUUGACACGGACAGCUGUGAGCGCUGGAUGAGCUGCAAGAGCGAGUUCCUAAAGAAGUACAUGCACAAGGUGAUCAACGACCUGCCCAGCUGCCCCUGCUCCUACCCCACCGAGGUGGCCUACAGCACGGCCGACAUCUUCGACGGCAUCAAGCGCAAGGACUUCCGCUGGAAGGAUGCCAGCGGGCCCAAGGAGAAGCUGGAGAUCUACAAGCCCACGGCCCGGUACUGCAUUCGCUCCAUGCUGUCCCUGGAGAGCACCACACUGGCCGCCCAGCACUGUUGCUAUGGCGACAACAUGCAGCUCAUCACCAGGGGCAAAGGGGCGGGGACGCCAAAUCUCAUCAGCACUGAGUUCUCAGCGGAGCUCCACUACAAAGUGGACAUCCUGCCCUGGAUUAUCUGCAAGGGCGACUGGAGCAGGUAUAACGAGGCCCGACCUCCCAACAACGGACAGAAGUGCACAGAGAGCCCCUCGGACGAAGAUUAUAUCAAGCAGUUUCAAGAGGCCAGAGAGUAUUAAAGAGACACCACCUCUGUUGUUCGUGACACAAACACACUGCACUGAUCCGCCACCUGGCCAGAGUCCCUCUUACCCGCAUACAUGUAUAUGUACAUAUACCACGUGAGUAUUUGUCAUAAGUUACACUAGGGGUGUGCGCCAGGCCCUUGUGACUGCCAUCUGAAGCCACCGUUGCCUCUUCAAUGUCAACGGCUUCCUUGGAACUCUUCCUAGGGGGCAUGUCCUCAGGAAGAUGGGGAGAAAGGAGCUGGAAGAAGAACCUGGAGGUCAUAGCAGGUGGGAUUCAACUCACACCCCGGAUCCAGCGUUUCCGAGAGAAGCAAAGGGGCAAAGAGAAGGAAGUUGUAAAUGUGAUAAGCAGUUUUUAUAUAUAACUUAUUUAAUAUGAAUGUGACUUAUACGUCACCUUUUCUCUGGAGUUGUCAUCGUGAAACUAUUUAAUCACUUCUAUGAGAGUUCAGAAAGGGGCUUAGAGAGAUGGAAGAGAGAGGGAAUUUUGUAGUAAUGACUUCUUUAAAAAUAAAGAAUUCAACAGAAAGAUAUCAAAACAAGAAAACACCCACCUGAAACCAAGUGUUAGUUAGCCAGUGAGGUACCUUGAUGAAGUCUCAGCUUCCAAAUGCCCUUGCCUCAGCCUGGGUAGGGAGUGGGGGGCAAAUGGGUAUUUUAGGAGAAAAUCUGAGGCCUGGUUUUAAGUGGACUUUAAAACAAAGGCCAGUAUUAACACAAUGCUAUGAUUCUAUUAAAAGACCCCAGAAUAGAAUUUCUGCUCAUGCCUUAAUAGGUUCAGAAGGCUACAGGAAGGUCAGACAUAAAAACAAGGAGUAGCACUUUUCCAAAGAAAAAAUGCAAAACAAAUGGGGGGAGAACAUGAACUUCAUCUAUUUUAUUUUAAUACCAUCGUAACAAUUCUUUUCUCCACAAUAUAUCCUCAGUAAAUAAAUAUAAAAACAAGGAGAGGAACUCAAGUAUAAAACCCUAAUUUUUUUAUGUUUUAAGAAAGAAAAAAAUACGUUAUUUUUGUAAAGUAUUUAUUGAGUCACUGAGUCUUGUGCAUCAAGCAGUUGUAACAUGGCCUGGUUCUGUAGGGUGGAACUUAGGACAAAUAAAGAGUCGGUUCUUAUGCAAUCUUUACUUGCAAAACUCCAGGAAAAGAGAUUACAUAAUAAAAUCAUAAUAAAAUGUGUUACCUACAGUAAAUGUGUUACCUGCAAAUGUUUAUGAUACAAAUUCCAUAAAUAGCCCUCGUAAAGCAGGACUUCAAGGCAGGGGAGAGGAAGGUUCAAACCAGGUAGAAUAAAAGGCUCAUUGAUUGAUGUGAUGGUGGGUGAUAUAAGUCAUAGCAUCUUUGGCACCAAGAAUAUCAACCCUGCCCCGAGGAGGCUAGAGCUCAUUGAUACACGUGCAACUUUUUGCCCACCCAGAGCUAAGAAAGAGCUAAGAAAUCCAAGCCAGAGCAAAGGCUUAAGACAGCCCAGGUGAGUGGGACUGCUUCCAGACAAAAUUCUGCAAUGACAGUAAUAAGUAGAACUCCUCAUUGUGCAAAUAAUUCCAUUUCGAGUUGAGGAAACCAAAGCUCAGAAAAAAAUAGAUCACGUUGGAUCUGUCAUUCAUUUCCUAGUCCAGUGCUCUAUCCACUAUAUCAGCCUACCCUUAGGUUCUCAUAAUAAAAUCUUGUUUUAAUGGAAAAGCUCUUAUCAGUCAUUUACACUUUAGAAUGAGUUAUCCAUGUAUUGCCUGCUCUCAGGAUAUUUAUAUUUAAGACCUAUUUCUAAUUAUGGAAUGAGAAUCCUUAUUCACACCUGAAGGAAGUUUAGGCAAGUGAACUGGGAAGGAGAAAAUCAGUAGGUCCGUGUAUCAGGGAAGCAGAUUUGGUUCCUAAUAAUAGGAAAGCCAUUUUUGCCAAGAGAAUUGGUUGCAAUGGAAUGCAUUGCCUUUGGGAUGGUGAGUACCCUGUCAGGACAGGUAUUCAAGCAGAGCUGGAGAUGAAUCACAUGAGAAGCUCAUUUUAGUGAGCAGGAGAGACAAAAGUGUACAGCAAUAACCCCGUCCGAUAAGUGUUCUAUAAAGGGUAAGUGGAAAGUACUCUGGGAAAAUAGAGGCAGGAAUCAGGGAAGUACCUGCUAGACCUAAUGGAGGAGUGGUAUUUCACAAAGCGGAGAAGUGGGGGGGGGGCAAGUAGAUGCAUUUGGAGUAAGAAAACAGUAUGGGCAAAGGCAAGGAACUACGCAAGAGCUUGGUGUUUUCUGAAAAGUGGGAUGUUUACAGUGAUGAGCCAGAGGGACAAGAAUGGCAAGUUAUGGAGUUGUGUCUAAGGUGUUUUUGUGAAGGAUUUAGCAUGGAAAAUUAAAGCUGUUUCCUAAUACAGUGAGAAUGACUGAUAUGAGCCAUGUUUCCAAUGGGCUAUUUGCCUCUUUAUAUCAGACCUUCCUGACAUAACGAACUGAGAGUUGGAAGGUAGGGUGAAUUAGGAGCUGGGGAGGGCUCCUGGGCUCUUUGCCUAAUGAGAACACCGCUAGUUUCCCAUCCAUCAUCCAGAUGGUGCCACCCCUCUGGAAAUUUGCUGAGCUAUAACCUGCCUCUAUGCAGUCGUAUCUCAUUUACUAUAGGGCCCCAAGCCAGCCCCAGUGUAACCCUGGGUAAUUCCUUCAAGGAAAGGGGAUCAUGUGAGCAAGGGCCAACUUUGCCCACCGCAGAGUAGGCUGUCUGCUCCCUCACCUGCAGCACCUGUUUAUAGGACCCCUCAGCAACUGCUCUACAGACACCUCUCAUCGAAUGCUUUGCUCCUUUGCUGCUCCUUGGAAAGAGAUCCCUUUUUCUAGUGACCCACUGGGCCUCUCAUGUGCCACGUCUGAACAAGCCAAUAGUGGCAGACAGAGAAGUCAAGGCCCUCUGGUGGCCGCACAUGGGAAGGAUGAGGGCAGGGCCCCAGAAGAGCUGGGCAACCUCCUCACCCCAUUCAAUUAUUAUCCACCAUGAUUAGUCUCCAAGCCUUUCCAUCUUUGUAGCUCAGUGGGCAGGGGGUAGAUUUCCCCACCCUAAGACCCGGGAGCAAGGAUCAAAGAAUAGGUACGAUACCAGCCACCCUUCCUGAGCACACACUUUGUGCCUCUGUGCUAAUCACUUUACCAUGGGAGGCAAGCAGGUUACAUCCAUUUUACAGAUAAGACAAAAGAAGCCCAACAAGUCUUCUAACCUGCCCAAGUCAUAAGGCUCUGUACAUGGCAAAGCUGGUUGAAGACUGUGUUCUUAACCUUAACCUCUACUCAACUGUCUUCCCAACACACAGGAUCAGGAUUUUGCCUCCGACUCACUCUGCCUUUGCUCCAAUUGUUCAAAUCCACCAAAUGUCCCUGCACCACCAUUUACGUGUCUCACGUUGGUGACAGUGGAUCUGGCUUUAGCUCUAUAUAGUCUGCUCAGUUCUCUCAUAUUCCAUAAGAGGAUUUGAAUCCUGUAUCUGUGCCCUUGCUCAGGUUGGCUGAGUAGCAGAGCCUAACUUUCUAGAAGAUAGCCUGCUCCAUGGAUAAGAAUGAGACUGGUCUGUUUUCCCUGCUGCACUCAAGCCCCAUGUCAACUGUUGCCUGUUGGGUCGACCUGAAGGGCAGGUGCCAUGUCUCAUGCUUUCUACACCCCCAGCCCCUAGCUCUGUACCUGGCAGAUAUCAUCAGGCAAGGUACAGAGGGCGGAAGAAUUUGAGAGUUGAGUCAGACUACCUAGAUUCCAAUCCUGGCUCCCUCAGUUGCCUGCUGGGUACCACUGGAUAAGUUAAUCAGCCUGUGUAUAUUCCAGUUUCCCCAUACAGUUUUUCGGAGAAUAAAAUAAGAGAUAUGAAGUUCCUAGCAUAGGGCCUGUCAUGUACCAUGUGCGUCGGUGUUGAGUCAUUGGAGAAAUAUUUAUUGAGCGUAUACUAGUUGCCAGGCAUUGUUCUAGAUGCCGGAGAUACAGCAGUGUACAAAUCCAAGUUUUCCUGGUGGAGGGGAGACGGCUGAUAAAUAAAUAAGUACAUAAUCUGAAAUAAUGGUAAGUGAUAUCAAGAAAAAUAAAUUAUUUGAUCACA